AACAAAAUGCCAAACAGCUCCUAUCUGUUUCUCGCCAGUUUUUACUCUCUCAAAUAGUCCAAUGUUCUGACUCGGUUCGCUUGUUUCUCUUUCUCUCUCUCUCUCUCUCUCUCUGUUAACAAUGGCGCAUCUCUUCAGAGACCUCUCACUCGGCCAUUCAAAGAGGGAGUCAACGCCACCGCCACCGCCUACUCAACCUCAACCAAUGCCGACUAAGCUCACCUCAACCGAUCUCCAAUCUCCACUCGGCCAACUCGCCUCUCAACUCAGCGAUUCGGACCUCCGACUCACAGCCUACGACGUCUUUCUUGCCGUAUGCCGUACCUCCUCCUCCAAACCUCUCUCCACUUCCGCCUCCUUCAAUUCCGACUCGCCGAGUUACAACUCGCCUGGCCAAAACCAUAACCACAACCACUCGCCUAACUCGCCUGCGUUGCAGCGCUCGCUUACGUCAGCAGCUGCUAGUAAGAUGAAGAAGGCUUUAGGAUUGAAGUCGCCGGGCUCUUCAUCGGGCUCGAAGAAGAGUCCGGGUUCCGGGCCAGGCUCGGGCCAAGGCAAGUCUAAGCGGCCUCCGACUGUGGGGGAGCUUAUGAGGAUUCAAAUGCGAGUACCUGAGACCGUUGAUUCGCGUGUUAGAAGAGCGCUCUUGAGAAUCGGCGGUGGCCUGGUUGGAAGGCGGAUUGAAUCUGUGGUUCUUCCAUUGGAGUUGUUACAGCAGCUUAAGCAGUCGGAUUUUACUGAUCAACAAGAAUAUGAUGCAUGGCAGAAAAGAAACCUCAAGGUUCUUGAGGCUGGGUUACUAUUGCAUCCUCGUGUUCCACUUGAUAAGUCACAUAAUGCAUCGCAAAGGCUACGACAAGCCAUUCAUGCUGCCCUAGAUAGGCCAAUAGAAACUGGAAAGAACAAUGAGUCAAUGCAAGUUCUUCGCAGUGCUGUUAUGUCUCUUGCUUCCAGAUCUGACGGGUCGUUCUCUGAUUCAUGCCAUUGGGCAGAUGGCAUUCCAUUGAAUCUUAGACUCUAUGAAAUGCUUUUGGAUACGUGCUUUGAUAUUAAUGAUGAAACAUCUAUUAUUGAGGAAGUUGAUGAGCUUAUGGAGCACAUAAAGAAGACAUGGGUGAUCCUUGGGAUUAACCAGAUGCUUCAUAACCUCUGCUUUACAUGGGUCCUGUUUCACCGUUUUGUUGCCACUGGCCAAGUUGAAAUGGACUUACUAUAUGCUGCUGAUAGUCAGCUAGCAGAAGUAGCAAAAGAUGCCAAGACAACCAAGGAUCCGGAAUACUCCAAGAUUUUAAGUUCUACAUUGAGUUCAAUACUGGGCUGGGCAGAGAAAAGACUCCUUGCAUAUCAUGACACUUUCGAUAGUGUAAAUAUGUAUACCAUGCAGGGCAUUGUUUCUUUAGGUGUAUCAGCGGCUAAGAUUUUGGUUGAGGAUGUGUCCUCUGAGUAUCGCAGAAAGAGGAGAGGGGAAGUUGAUGUAGCUCGAAGCAGAAUUGACACUUACAUCAGGUCAUCAUUGCGCACUGCUUUUGCUCAGAGAAUGGAGAAAGCAGACUCAAGCAGGAGAGCAUCCAAAAACCAGCCGAAUCCUCUUCCUGUUCUUGCAAUCCUUGCUAAGGAUGUUGGUGAUCUAGCAAUUCACGAGAAGCAGGUGUUCAGUCCAAUAUUGAAGGGUUGGCAUCCUUUGGCUGCAGGUGUGGCCGUGGCCACCCUUCAUGCUUGUUAUGCAAAUGAGAUAAAACAGUUUAUAUCAGGCAUUACGGAGUUAACCCCUGAUGCUGUUCAAGUACUGAGAGCUGCAGAUAAACUGGAGAAAGAUCUCGUGCAGAUUGCAGUUGAGGAUGCAGUAGACAGUGAUGAUGGUGGGAAGGCAAUAAUCCGUGAGAUGCCUCCCUACGAGGCUGAAGCUGCAAUUGCCAAUCUGGUUAAAGGGUGGAUCAAGACAAGAUUAGACAGACUUAAAGAGUGGGUUGACAGGAAUUUGCAGCAAGAGGUUUGGAAUCCGCAAGCAAAUCAAGAAGGAUUUGCUCCCUCUGCUGUUGAAAUAUUGCGAAUCAUUGAUGAGACUUUAGAUGCAUUUUUCCAGCUGCCAAUACCAACACAUCCUGCAUUGCUACCUGAUUUGAUGGCUGGCCUUGACAAAUGUCUUCAGUAUUAUGUAAUCAAGGCAAAAUCUGGCUGUGGAUCACGCAAUACAUACAUCCCUACAAUGCCAGCAUUGACCAGGUGUGAGACAGGAUCCAAGUUCCAAGGCGUGUGGAAGAAAAAAGAAAAGUCACAGAAUUCUCAGAAGAGAAAUUCUCAGGUUGCAACAAUGAAUGGAGAUAAUUCAUUUGGGAUGCCACAGCUGUGUGUUCGUAUCAAUACUCUGCACCGUAUCCGAACUGAGAUGGAAGUUUUAGAGAAGAGGAUAGUAACCCACUUGAGAAACUGUGAGUCUGCUCAUGUGGAAGAUUUUUCAAAUGGUUUGAGCAAGAAAUUUGAACUAACACCUGCUGCUUGUGUGGAAGGGGUGCAGCAACUGUCUGAGGCAGUAGCUUACAAAAUUGUAUUCCGUGACCUAAGUCAUGUUUUAUGGGAUGGUUUGUAUAUAGGGGAGCCAUCAUCUUCUAGGAUUGACCCUCUAUUACAGGAACUAGAGCGAAACUUGUUGACUAUCUCAGAAACUGUGCAUGAAAGAGUUCGUACAAGGAUUAUAACUGAUAUCAUGAAAGCUUCCUGUGAUGGAUUCUUGCUGGUUUUACUUGCUGGAGGCCCCUCUCGUUCUUUCUCUCGUCAGGAUUCUCAAAUUAUUGAGGAUGAUUUCAAAGCCCUUAAAGACUUGUUUUGGGCCAAUGGGGAUGGUUUGCCUGCUGACCUCAUAGAUAAGUUUUCAGCUACUGUGGGAGGUGUCCUUCCUCUCUUCAGAACUGACACAGAGAGCUUAAUUGAGCGGUUCAGACGUGUGACCUUGGAGACAUACAGCUCAUCAGCAAGGUCUAGGCUUCCACUACCUCCAACAUCAGGGCAGUGGAAUCCUACCGAGCCAAACACGCUCCUGCGCGUGUUGUGUUACCGGAAUGAUGACACAGCUUCAAAGUUCCUUAAGAAGACUUAUAAUCUACCUAAGAAACUCUAAUAACCUGGGCUAUGGUGUACAGCAAAACAAGGAAGGCUGCUUCCCUGUGUAGCAUUGUGUGCUUGGAAUGUUACUGUAAUCCUAUAUACUUUUUGUGAGAUGACCCAGAAAAGAUCCUUAGCAUGCCGUGCCUGGAUGGAUGCAAGUACCUAAAGAUGUGGCAGUAAUCUUGCAUAGUAUCUAUUCAGGAUGUUCUGGUAAAUGAAGUCCAGUUGCUACUCACCAAAAGAUGCAGAGUCGGGAGAGAGAGGAAACUAUAGAGGCAGAGAGGACUUUCAAGGGCUUGCUUGUGAGAAAAGGUGGGUGGAUUUUCAUUUAUUUCAAGAUUAUGAGAUUCCUUGGGAUCUAAUUUUGUCUAUUCCCUAUAGGAUUUAGCACAAUUUGCUUUGGCUUACGAGGUUCUUUUGUUCAUUUAUUUGUUUUUAUCCAUCAUUUGCUUGUUCAUUUUGCUUUUUAUAUUUAUUGAUAUGAAUUAUCAGUAUGUAUCAUAAAAUCAGGCUUUCAUUGAUUGCAAAGAAGAAAUACAGAUUUCCUAUUC